CAUGCAUCGAGCGCGGGGUGGCCGGACGCGAAGUUGCUAGGCAGCGCUGGCUGCGCGUCCAGCAGGUGCGGCUUGAAAACCCCGCUACGUCCAAACACUGUGCGAUUUCCUGUGAAGCUGAGCGUACGCAAGCCGACCAAUCCACCAUGUCUGGCUACGAAGUCGAACACAACAUCCCCACCAAGGAAGACAAGCCCGAGCAGCCUGCGCGCAGACCCGAUCUCAGCACCUUCUUCUCCACGCUGGAAUUGGUCGACACGUCCGAUCCGCAAGCACACCACAAUGUCCACGCGUUACCCCAGCCCGAGAACGUGGCGGCGGCGUUUAGGUUGCUAGCCAACGCUUUCGAUAUGAUGCGCGGACGACCAGCGGACGAGCGAGGCGACAGCACCACUGGCGGUGACGAUCUUCUCGCCAGCAUGAUUGAGCAGCUGCGGCAGCACGCGGAUGACCCUCCAUCCGAGUUGAAGGGCGUCCCAGAUAGCUUCUUGGAUGAGCUGGAGCGUGUGCCGAACAAGUCGCUGAAGCCGAGUGAUACCUGUCCGAUAUGUGUAAAUCCAUUUCUUGAGGAUCAGUAUCCGUUGGUGGUAGAGCUUCCCUGCCACCCAGAUCAUCGCUUCGAUCUUGAUUGCAUUAAGCCCUGGCUCAAGCUAAACUCAACAUGUCCACUUGAUCGUAAGGAGCUUCUGAAGAAAAAAAAGCCAUCCCCGCCUCCAGCGGACGACGAGGAGGAAGAUUACGAUGAUAUGUAUGCCUGAAGAGCUAGGCCAAAUAAGAUCGAAUAU